AUGUCCGGAUUUUGGCAGUUUGCCAACAAUGAUGGGUCGGGAAUCGCCAGAAUUUUGAAGAAGCAGAACCCGUCACUAGAAGAAUUGUUAGACGAGAAAGAAACAGUUAGUCAAUUACUUGCAUCCAAUGCGAAGCUUAUUCAAUACUUUCGCAGGCCGGAAAUAUUGGACAAACUAGUGGAGUAUGUUGUGAGUGGAGAUAAUUACCGACGAAAUGUUGAUGGUGCAUCAUUUGAUUUGUGCGAGAAAGAGCGUCAAACAUCCGGGAGCGAUUCUGAGAACACCAAUUCAAAAAAAUUAGCUUCUUCGGAAGAAACGAAAACUAAUACCGAAGAUUCACAUGAGUCCGAUUCAGAUGACUCAAGCGAUUCAUCAUCGUCCUCAUUGUCAUCGAAUUCGUCUUCUUCAGACAGUGAUGAGGACGAGGGCGAGAACGAACUUUCAGCCAGUAAUAAAUCAGAUGAGGAAUUUUCAAACCAUGCCGAGAUCUCGGAAAAGAGCAGUAGUGAUAAGGCCUGUGAUGAUAUGGACUGGGGAUUCAUGGAUACGGGAUCGGAUGAAUUGGUGGAUGAAGACGAGGGUGAUGAUGAGAGUGAGAGUGAAACUCCCGCUGAAAAAUGCUUAAGGAGGGCAGGUAUAGCUGCAGAGAUCCUUUCUGCUGAUGUUUGGUCCUUAACGGAUGCAUUUAUGGAAAAUACAAUUGCUUUAAACAAUUUAUGGAGCAUUCUUGACAGGCCGGAUCCUCUAUCGAUCAACAUGGGUAACUAUUUCAUGAAAAUCAACGAACACCUACUAGAUAUGAAGACGGCCGAGAUGAUAGAGUACAUACAUAAGGCAUCCAACCUUGUUGAAGGAUUUCUUCAUCAUAUUGAUACCUCACCGUUGAUGGACUUUCUCUUGAAACUUAUUGCCACCGAUCGCCCCGAAAGCCCAACUGGUAUAAUAGAGUUAUUGCAUGAUCAGGACCUGAUUCCUUCUCUCGUCAAUUACUUGAGUCCCGACUAUUCUGCAGAUUUUCAGAGUGCUGCUGCCGACUUUUUGAAAGCUUUGAUUACCAUAUCUGCAAACAAUGGUGAUGAUACAAGCAUUGGACCCAAUGAAUUAACAAGGCAGCUUGUAAGUGAAUCCGUGAUGCAGCAUUUCGUUAAGAUAAUGCUUCAGGGAGGAUAUGCACUUGCAAACGGUGUUGGAAUUGUUAUCGAGAUAAUUCGUAAGAACAACUCCGACUACGAUCCAAUCCCAGUCAGAUAUGACACAGACGAUCCAGAUCCUCCUACCCCACGUGAUCCUAUCUAUCUAGGUGAUAUGGUGAGGAUAUUUUCGGAAAACAUGUCCAAAUUCAGCGUGCUCUUACAUAAGGAGAUAGACAAACCUCUCUUGACACCGAUAGGCGAGAUUAUGCCUCUAGGAUUUGAACGGUUUAAGAUAUGCGAGCUUACUGCGGAACUUAUACAUUGCUCUAAUAUGGCACUUCUCAAUGACAGAGAAGCUUCUGAAAUUGUGAAAGAUAGAGAUAUCAUAAGAAGGAAACUCACCGAGAAGCGGAAAGAGCUACUUAAGGAUUCUACAGAUGCCUCAAGUAUACCUUGGGAUGAGAUUGACAUCUCAGAUGAAAUCGCCAAUCUUCAUCUUUACUCACCUUCAGAUCCAGCUACAAACAAUGAAAAUGAUGGUGACACAGAAAUGAACAUAGAUGAUAAUACGGGGAGGCUCAAGGCUGUGAAUGCAGAUAGCUAUGAUGAUUUGAACUUGGAAGAUGGAACCGAAUCAGAAAAAGCAUUAAGACAAAACCCAGUCGUCGGAGAUCUUCUUAAGAUUUCGCUGUAUGAUAAUAAGGUAAUUUGCUCUAUUGUCGGCAUGUUCUCGAAAUUCCCAUGGAACAAUUUUCUGCACAAUGUUGUGUUUGACAUCGUUCAGCAGAUAUUGAAUGCAUCAUUGCACAUCGGCUAUAACAAGUUCUUAGUUAUAGACAUAUUUGAUAGAUGCCGGAUCACUUCCAUGCUACUUGAAGCGUAUGAUGAAUGCACAAAAAAUGAGCAGGAAACCGGGAUAAGAUUUGGUUACAUGGGCCAUCUGGCAUUAAUAGCAGAGGAGAUUGUCAAGUUUGUGUCCAUGAAUCUGGAUAAUACAAUUUCCUCCUCAAUAAUCAAGGAAGCAGUGGAAGAUUCAAAGUGGAAAGAUUUUGAAGAUGACACGUUAUCAGAUAUACGAAGCAAGUACAAUGCAGUGCUCGGAAAUGAGGGUGGUGAAAUUGACGUUAUUUCUCAAGAUGCAGACUCAAUUGAUGAGGAUACAUUAGGUCAUAAUGAACUGAGAGUGAUAGGCAAUGAAGAAAUUCCUGUGGGAUCAGAUGCAGAUGGAAUUUUAGAUGAAGAAGAUAGAAAUGAGUAUCCAGAUGGUGAAAAUCUAUCAGCAUACAUAGGCGGCGAUAUGCAAGAGAAGGUAUACCAUGAGUCGAGCUUACAACUGUCCGGAUAUAAGGAGGAUAAUGCACUUGAUAUAUCAACUAAUGAUGUAAUUGAGGGAGAUGAUGCUAAUGACAGAACUAAUGAGGAUAGGGCCAACACUGCAGAGGUUCAAAACUUACUUAAAAGAGAGCUUAAAGCGUCCACAGUUGGAAUUGGGACUGAGGAUACGCUUAACGAGUCAAAUAUUUUACAGGAAAGUCAUAAACGGAAGCAUAUACUUUCAUCUGAAGAGCAUACAUUUGGCCCAUCUUUACAGAAAACUGCUAUUGUAGCAAAACAGACACAAUGUUAA